AUGAAGUUGGUCUAUUUUUUGAAGAAACUUCGCAACGAGCAGGUUACGGUAGAGUUGAAGAAUGGUACCACUGUAUGGGGUACAUUGCAGAAUGUGUCACCUCAAAUGAACGCGACAUUGACCAAUGUCAAGCUAUCACUAGCCAGGAGCGCUAGCAGCACAGCGGGAUCCAGUGCCUUGGCUGGUAUGUAUCUGUCCGAUAGUCAGCUCUCCCUCGGUUCCAGCUCAGAUGGCUCCGUGAGGCCAACAGCUUCUUUGCAAUACAUCAAUAUUCGUGGUAACACCAUCAGACAGAUUAUUUUGCCAGAUUCGUUAAACCUAGAUGCUCUGCUUGUAGAUGAGGAGCAAUGGAGAAGGCUAAAGAGGACUGAUAGAAUCACCAGUGAAAGCAGUAAAAAAAGACGAGCUGACUUUGUUUCAAACCCCGUCAAAAGGAUACGGAGAGGGGUUUAG